AUGGAAGAUAGGAACCAGACAGCUGUGACUGAGUUUCUCUUCUUGGGCCUCACAGAUGAGCUUCCUCAGCAGAUGGUCCUCUUCACCGUUCUUCUCUUUGUCUACAUGGUCACUCUGGGUGGCAACUUGGGGAUGAUCACACUCAUAUGGAUCAGCCCCAGGCUCCACACGCCUAUGUAUUUUUUUCUUAGCCACUUGUCCUUUGUAGAUAUUUGCACCUCUUCUUCCAUUGCCCCCAAGAUGCUGUGUGAUAUCUUUGUGGAGAAGAAAGGCAUCUCGUUCAUGGGUUGUGCUGCACAGAUGUGGUUUUUUGGUCUGUUUGUGGCAACAGAAUGCUUCCUCCUGGCUUCCAUGGCAUAUGAUCGGUGCAUGGCCAUCUGUAAACCCUUGCUGUAUACUCUCCUCAUGUCCCAGAGGGUCUGUGUGCAGCUGGUGGUCGGACCUUACGUCAUGGGCUUUAUUAGCACCAUGACUCACACGGUUCUCACCUUCGCCUUACCCUUUUGUGGUCUCAAUAUUAUCAACCACUUUUUCUGUGAUAUUUCCCCACUGCUCUCUCUAGCCUGUGCAGACACCUGGAGCAAUAAGUUGGUGCUUUUCAUCUUGGCGGGAGCUGUAGGCGUCCUCAGUGGCCUGAUAAUCCUGAUAUCUUAUGUUUGCAUCCUGGUGGCCAUCCUGAGGCUGAAGAGUGCUGAGGGGAGGCGGAAGGCUUUCUCCACCUGCUCCUCUCACCUGGCAGCUGUGUCCAUUCUGUAUGGCACUCUUUUCUUUAUCUAUGUUCGUCCUGGCUCAGGUUCCUCCCUGGAUCUCAAUAAAAUGAUUUCUCUAUUUUAUACCAUGGUGAUCCCCAUGUUGAAUCCUCUCAUCUAUAGCUUGAGGAAUAAGGAGGUGAAAGAUGCAUUCAGGAGGAAGUUUGAAAGGAAGAAUUCCGACAG